GGUUCCUCAUUCAAUCAUUCAGCAUGAAUUCUAUCGUCUCACUCUUGGUACUGGGUCUAGUCCUGUAUGUGGGACUAAUGCUCAUGAGCCCUACAAGCGGAGUUCCGCAUCACAGGGAGAAUGUGGAGAGGAGAUUCAAAGCGCAGCAAGCCGCAAGACAGAUGCCAUUGUCCAAAAACCUUACACUUCAUGAGCGUCUGCACUUUGGCGAUGACUGCGAUUCAAUAGGAGCCGAUUGCAAAUUGGCUGAGCAGUGCUGCACCAAAGUAUGUCUGUUGGUAAACAUGCGAUGUGGUGUCCCUAUAUUUUAAGAAAAUCUAAUUAAAGGAUAUUUUAAAAAUAAUGUACACACCC